AUGGCACCAAAGAAAUAAGCAUAAAAAAAAUAAACUUAGACAAGUACAAUCUCAUAGUCAUUCCUUAAGCUAAGAAAUAACCAGCUAAAAUAGAGAAGGUUCAACCAGCACCGAUAGUUCCCAAUGCUGCAUAGAAUAAACCAAAGAACAAUAAACCAGAUUUCUAUUUUGUGAUUCCCCAAGAUGAAGAAGAGCAUUACAGAAGAGAAGUGUACCAAAGGAGAGAAAACAGAAAUAAGAGUUGCAUUGAUAUAAACGAAAUUAGACAGUACUAUCAAUAUUAAAAGGAGGGAUAAUUUCGCGCCUCAAGAGAUUCCUGUUAUUAAUAAGGUAACCUAAAAAAUUGUGAUCGAGUAAGAAUGCAACAAUGAUAAUACGCAGUUAUUUACUCUGAAUCCAUCAGAAUAGUCAACCAGCUUUUCUAGAUAAUUAAAUAAACCUAAGAUUAUAUCCAUAAAACCCAAAAAGUUAUUAAGUACUGCUAAAACUCAAGACUAAUCAAUGGACAUGGAGGAUGAUUGGUACGAAGAACUUAACAAGGACAUCAAUCAUACCAAACAUUUCCUAUUAGGAGUUCCGAAACAACAAUCAGAUCAUAAUGAGAAAUCCUUAACAACUGAAAGGAAUUCUACUACUAAGCACACUAAGAAGAUGGAUCUUGAUUUACAAAUUGAACCUACCUAAACAACUGUUAAGUUAACAAAGGCUAUGAAAACUAAAUUGGAUUCCAUGAAUGAGUGUUACAAUUCCCUAUUAGAAGCAACAGUUCCAGAUGAGAUUCUCUGUAGAGAUGAAGAAAAAGACUUAAUUACUAAGUUUAUUGAGGAUGGUGUAAAGAACAACGGACAAUCUUAAGCCUUAUGUAAAUGCAUUCAUUUAAUUUUAGACAUCUCUGGAGUUCCAGGAAUCGGUAAGACUGCAACUGUUAUGGAAGUCUAAAAGAAGUUAUCAAGUAAAAAGGAUAACUUCUAAUUCAUCUAUGCGAAUGCUAUGAAUUUUGGACUGCCAGACAACAUUUACUCCUUUUUAUUGGAGAAACUUACAAACAUAAAGGAUGCUUCAAAAGUUCAAGCCUGUAUUUUGUUAAGUAUUUCAACUUCAUUAUUAUUUUAGCUGAACUGUUCACUAAGGGUUGUUUACCUGCUACAUACAAGACUUAUGAGAAAUCGGUUGUUAAGAAGAAUAGAGUAAUUUUAUUAGAUGAAUGUGAUAACCUAUUCACUCCAGAUUAAUAAGUGCUAUAUAAUUUGGUUGAUUGGCCGUAACAAAAACAUGCAAAAUUGACUAUUAUUAUGAUUGCCAACACAAUGGAUUUUCCUGAGAGACUCAAACCCAAAUUAUAAUCAAGACUCGGAAAUCAUAGAGUUGUAUUCAGACCUUACACCAGUGCUCAAAUCGAAACAAUAUUACAAUAAAGAAUGAAAGAGAAGAAAAUUAAGGAAUUAUUUGCCUCAAACACUCUGAAUUAUCUAGGCAAAAAGAUAGCCACUAUAUCCACUGACAUCAGAAAGACUUUGUGUGUUUGUAGAAAGGCAAUUGAGAUUGGCAAGGAGGAACUAGUGAAAACUGGGUAAUUUAAAUAAAUUGAAGUCAACCAUGUUAAACUAGCCUAUGAUAGAAUUUAUAAUAAGGCUUAUCACACAUGUUUACACUCUUUUAGUAGAUCUCUGAAAUUACUGAUUAUUAAUAUUGCCUUAGAAAUUCACAUCAAAGGAUAUAAUGUAGCAUAUCUCCAACAAGUUCUUUCGAGAUAUAAUCAAUACUUAAUCUAAAAUAAAGAUGAUCCCAUAGGGUAUUAAGAGAUGAAAUAGAUACUGUUGAAAUUGAGUGAGUUAAAUUUAGUUGAAAUAAAGGAAUAGAAUGUUCUGUUAACCAAAACAUCUUGGCAAUAGAAAGUGAAUGUAAGUUAUUGUUUGAUUUUAGGACUCCCUCCAAAAGGAUAAUCUUAGAAAUAUUAAUGAGGUUAUGAUACAUUUGAAAAUAAAUGUAGAUGACAUAAAGAAUGGACUAUCAAAUGACACAUUGUUUUAAUAAUUUUCUUAGUUUUUCUGA